GGCAAGAAUCUGAGAAAUUUUCCCGCUUUUGGAAGCCGGAUACUCCAUGUGAGCUGGAGAAAUAGCUCCGUGUAUCUUCCUUCAUCACUCUUCCCCUGCGUCGAAAAGCUCAGCGCUAGGGUCAAGCUCUCCAGGUCGUGAGAGCUCCAGAAGCAAAAUCUAGGAUCACUCUCUCUCGCUACGUCUUUCUUCUCUUGCUCCGUAAGGACGAGAGUGGACUCUGGUGUUCAUGGCUACUGGAGCAAUAAUUUCCAGCAGAAGCUUCAGUUCGCCCUGUUCCUCUGGGAAGAAGUAUCGAGGAGAGAGGCGUAGUUCUGGUGAUCGAGAAGUGCAGUUUGCCUUCUGUAAAGACAGAAGUGAGCGGAGUGGAAAUAUAAAAUUAAAUAUUCCUAGAGGAUGUUACUAUUUCAUGAUGAAUUCCUUAUUGCCAUUUCAUCAUGAUCGUGCAUUUGGUAAAAUUAUUAAGAUAAAGAGAGCCGCCUUCUUUGGUGAGAUGGAAAUGAUUCUAUCAAAUUACCGGGAGAACUUACAUCCUCAAAAUGUCGCAGCCAUCAAUGUAGUGCGCAGGUUUUCUGGAAGGAUAAAAUGCUUUCUUUCCUCAGAUUCACUAAAUAACAACCGGUUACACCAAAGAAAGUUUGAAAAUCUUGGCUUGUCGCAUAGUCUAUGUGAACAAUUGGAACAAAAGCUGCUUACUAGGAUGCGUGCUGACCUGAAGUCAGAGCAAUAUGAAGUAACUGGAUCACCGUUGGAUUCACUAUGCUCUUCAGAAGUUUCCAAUAAAGCCUUUUUGGGGAAGGAAGAGCUGCAAGAAUCAGCUAAUUGGUGGGAGCAACAAUUACCAAAGCGAUGGAUAAUUGUGCUUCUUUGUUUUACAGCAUUUCUUCUCUGUAAUAUGGAUCGUGUGAAUAUGAGCAUCGCUAUUCUUCCAAUGUCAGCAGAAUUUAACUGGAAUCCUACAACGAUGGGUUUAAUCCAAUCAUCUUUUUUUUGGGGUUACCUCCUUACUCAGAUACUUGGAGGCAUUUGGGCAGAUAAGGUGGGUGGCAAGCUAGUAUUGGGCUUUGGUGUUGUUUGGUGGUCCAUUGCAACAGUUCUAACGCCUGUUGCUGCUAAGAUUGGACUCCCUUUCUUACUGAUAAUGCGUGCUUUCAUGGGGAUUGGUGAGGGUGUUGCCAUGCCUGCUAUGAAUAAUUUACUUUCAAAAUGGAUUCCUGUUUCCGAGAGAAGCAGAUCACUUGCAUUAGUAUACAGUGGGAUGUACCUUGGUUCUGUGAUGGGUUUGGCCUUUUCUCCAAUGUUAAUACACAAAUUUGGCUGGCCUUCUGUCUUUUAUUCAUUUGGAUCACUCGGAAGUGUCUGGCUUGCAGUUUGGCUAAGUAAAGCAUACAGUUCUCCAAGUGAAGAUCCUGAACUUUCCUUAGAUGAGAAAAGGCUCAUCUUAGAUGGAAGCGUGUCCAAGGAGCCUGUUAAAUCUAUUCCUUGGAGACUAAUUUUAUCCAAGCCUCCAGUUUGGGCUCUCAUAAUAUCUCAUUUCUGCCACAAUUGGGGCACUUUUAUUCUCCUUACAUGGAUGCCUACAUACUACAACCAGGUUUUGAAGUUUAAUCUCACCGAAUCUGGCUUAUUUUGCGUGUUACCAUGGUUAACCAUGGCUGCUUCCGCAAACAUAGGAGGUUGGAUUGCAGAUACACUGGUUGCCAAAGGGUUCUCUAUAACAACAGUUCGAAAAAUAAUGCAGUCAAUAGGCUUUCUGGGACCCGCAUUCUUUCUUACACAACUCAGCCAUAUUAAUAGUCCACUAUUAGCUGUGUUUUGCAUGGCCUGCAGUCAGGGUAGUGAUGCAUUUUCACAGUCAGGCUUAUAUUCUAAUCACCAAGACAUUGGACCACGCUAUUCGGGCGUGCUAUUGGGAUUAUCGAACACUGCUGGGGUGCUUGCUGGCGUCUUUGGCACUGCUGUAACUGGUUAUAUUCUGCAACAUGGUUCAUGGGAUGAUGUCUUUAAGGUAGCCGUUGGCUUAUAUCUUGUGGGUACAGUGGUCUGGAACUUGUUUUCGACUGGUGAGAAAGUAAUUGAUUAGCAAGAACAAAAAAGGCAAUGCAGUUUUCAAGCGAUUCUGGAGUGAAAAAUAUAGUUAUGAAUAUAAAUUAUCAAUGAAUAAGCGUUACCACGACGGAGCUGAGUUGCAACGAAGAGCAAAUUCAUAUUUGAGCCAAAAUGCAUCAUAAGUUUAGCUUUGGGACAAGACUGGAUCUUAACAUUGUUGAUGUAUUAAAUCCAGUCAUGGAAAAUAUAAGGUAAUAAUCUAAUAUUUUUCUCACCUUCUGAGUUAUAUUUUCUCUAGCUUCCUGCAAUUUUAACAGUUGAAGGUGUUGUAGAAGACCACAGUUAGCUAAGCACCGCUUAAACUUUGCCAGGAAAUGUUAAAUGUAAUUCAUGCUUCAGUUCACCACAUGUAAAUUGAUCUCUGUAUUAAUUGAGGUUCUCAUUUUGCUCCACAAAUUAUUUAAUUCCAGGUAGUUAUAGUUGCUUGUAAUUCUACAAACGUGCAAAUUAUGGCUUCUUCUUUCUCAGUCUAUAGAGGUUGUUCGAUC